AUGGAAAAUAAUAUAGUACCUAAUAAUGAGGAACGCGAUUUUUGCGAAUUUCAAAUGGAUUUGGCGGACUUUGAAUUGUCGCAAGAAGAUUUGCAAGAGAUUGAGACUUUGGAGUUCAACGCACUUCAGACAUCGUUCAGGGAUAUCAGUAGCGACGAUGAGUCUGAAAAUUUACAUGUUCCGAAGAAAAGAAGACGUAUGGUUAUCAAUUCGGACAGUGAAAGCGAUUCAGUAAAAGAUUUUGUCCUACAAAAUUUACCUACUUCUUCAAACACGUACACAAAAUGGAAGAACCCUACUGGAUGCACUGCUCGAGUGAUACCCUUCACUGAGCCCACAGGUAUGAAGUUUCCUUUUUCAAGAGACUUAAGUCAAGGAGAUCCAGAGGAUUUUUAUUCUUUGUUAGUUGACGAUUCCUUGUUUGAAAUAAUUGCUGAACAAAGUAACCUGUUUGCUACGCAAAGCUUUGGAGAUAAAGAUUUCAAGCCAUGUUCUCGCUCACAUACAUGGCAGCCAACCGAUAAGCAUGAAAUAAAACGAUUUUUUGGACUAAUUUUAUUCAUGGGCCUUGUGAAAUUGCCAUCAAUUAGUGAUUACUGGAGUACAGAUGACAUAUUUCAACAACCGUUUCCUCGCACAGUGAUGACUAGGAACAGAUUUGAAUUACUUUUACAGUACCUACACUUUGCCGACAAUUACAACUUGAAUCCGAACGAUCGCAUUGGAAAAAUCAGUGGAAAAAAUAUUGAUAUUGAGAAUAAUACCCCUACAAAAAUAGUAUUAUCCCUGUGCGAUGAACUCUUGAAUAAAGGCCACACCAUUGCCACUGAUAACUGGUACACCAGCUUGGAACUGGCGUACGAAUUACUAAAAAACGAUACACAUUUCCUGGGGACAGUGAGAAAGAACAGAAAGUACUUGCCUAGGAAAGUAGUAGAAACUAAUUUAAAACGAGGUGAAUUCGUAGCACAAGAAAACGAUUGUGGCAUCACAGUAUUAAAAUGGAAAGAUAAAAGAGAUGUUUUAAUGCUGUCUACAAAGCACGCGGACAAAUUUACUCGAUUAAAUGUCAGAGGCAAGGCGGUGCAAAAACCAGCAAUGGUUAUUGAUUAUAACAAAUGUAAAGCUUCAGUCGACAUGAGUGAUCAGAUGACAGCUUAUUCAACUCCACUGAGAAAAACUGUCAAAUGGUAUAGAAAAUUGGCCAUAGAAUUGCUCUUGAAUACAGCUGUGGUAAAUGCGUUGAUAAUGUAUAAGGAAACCACUAAGAAAAAUAUUUCAGUAUUAGAUUAUAGAAAAAAUCUCGUUCAAUAUCUCACUAAAUCAGGACGUCCAGAAACAGGUAACUUGGCACUUGAAUUACGUCCAAAACGACGAAAACAUGAACUUGUCAAAAAAGAGGGACCUGUACGCAAAAUGAGACGAUUUUGUGUCGGCUGUUACAAGAACAAUGUAGAAAAGAUGUCGAGAAAAGACGCAAAAAAUAAGACCCUGAAAGUGCCUACCUAUUGUUUGCAGUGUGAUGGUCAGCCACAUUAUUGCCUGCCAUGUUUUAAUAGAGAGCAUCGAACGUAA